UCCUCCUUGGAUUGCCUAGCAAGAAGACCUAAGAUGCAAGCCUUCGUUCACCUCGCUCUUUUCACCCUCCUUUUUGUAAUUUCAGCUACUUCCGCAGGUGCCAGCAACUCCCCAACCACAUCCUCUACCCUGACGACUCCUGAAGGUGCCAGCACCUCGACACUCGCACCUGCUAGCUCAACAACUCCUGCAGGUGACAACACCUCGACACCUGCGCCUUCUACCCCGACGACUCCUGAAGGUGCCAGCACCUCGACACUCGCACCUGCUAGCUCAACAACUCCUGCAGGUGACAACACCUCGACACCUGCGCCUUCUACCCCGACGACUCCUGAAGGUGCCAGCACCUCGACACUCGCACCUGCUAGCUCAACAACUCCUGCAGGUGACAACACCUCGACACCUGCACCUUCUACCCCGACGACUCCUGAAGGUGCCAACACCUCGACACCUACGCCUGCUACCUCAACGACUCCUGCAGGUGCCAACAACACAACACCUGCACCUGCUAGCACCACAGCUCCUACAGAUCUUUGCCAAGAUGAUUCCUGUGACGGUGGCUCUUACUGUGUUAAUCUGCAUAAUACACAUUUUUGCCAGUGUAUACUUGGGUAUUACUAUAAUUCUUCCAGCUGCAAAAAAGGAAAGGUAUUCCCUGGAAUAAUUCAAGUAAAAACAUCAGACACAUCUGGCCUGAAAAAUGAAACGUCCAUAAACUAUGAAAACUUAUAUAUGGAAGUUAACAAAUUUUUUAAAGAUGCAUUUGCAAAUUCUGAUUAUGGACAGACUGUAAUUCAGCAAGUAAGCACAUCUGCUUCAGCAAGAUCUCAAAUGCGUGCUGGUGAUGAGGUUGUGAAUGUAACAGUGGUAAACCUUUUUGCAGCAGAUACAAAAGAAAAUGAGACAACCAUAUCUGAUAAAAUUCAAGGUGCAAUUUCAAGUAAUCCAAACAUUGAAAACUAUGCUAAUAUAGAUCGGUGUGAGUUUUAUGGUUGUGUAAAGGAAAAUGACUGCAGUGAUGGUUUUCAGUGUGAAUGCCAAGCAGGGUAUGAAAGACCUACCCCCUACACUGCUACAUGUCUGCCUUUAAGUCGGAAGUGUCCUUAUGCCUGCAAGUCAACACCCAAAACACAAUGCCUGGUGAAGGACGACGGGAGCCCUGAGUGUGUGUGCCUGGCGGGCUACAGGAUGGAUGAUCAUGAGAAAUGUCAAGUGUGUGCCUUUGGUUACAAUGGAGUCAACUGUGAAGACAACUUUCAGCUGAUUCUCACCAUCGUGGGCGCCAUUGCUGGCAUCCUCAUUCUCAGCAUGGUUAUCGCACUGAUCUUCAUGAGAUCAAAGAAAAGGAAGGAUGUUGAAGAACAGAACUUGAUUGAGAACGACUUUCAAAAUCUGAAACUGCAGCAAAGGGCAGGCUUCAGCUUUCCAGCAGAAGGGACCAUCUUCCCUAAAAUCUCGACCAGCUUCUCCAGAGACGGUGGGAUGCAGAACCCCUAUGCAAACUCUAGAGGCAUACCCCGCCCUGACUACUAGGAAGAAUCUGGAACUAUCCGUGGCCCUCAACCCACUGUAUGGGCCUGUAUUUUGAGUAAGAGACUGGUGGAGAAGUCAGCAACAGUGAAGAUCGGCCUUUGCUAUUUUUCUUCCAUCUGACAUCUAGCCUCUCUGAAUGGAAGUUGUGAAUGUUUGCAAAAACUAAAGCUUGUUUGCUACACACCUAUGAAAUUAAGCACACUUACAUUCUGUUAACAGUUAUAAGACAGUUGAUUUUCCCCAAUCAGUAUAACAAUUAGGAUUUCGUUUUGUUUUCCUGGUGAACAAUAACCAUUUCCAAUCCAGGGGAACGUUCCCCAAGGUUGUUUACUCCGGGGAAAACGUGGCUCUCGAGUUGAUGGCCUACUGAUAAGUAACCUAAUUUUGGGAGACUCUCACACAUCAGCUGUGGCAGUCAAAGGCUGGGGAGAGAUACCAUCUUUCAAGGUUCUCCUUCUAUCCCUCAGCUGUAAGGAUUUUGUUACCCUCAGAUCAGCAGGUGCUUAUGACCUGGCCUCACACCAAGAAGACAGAAAAAAGGCAUGUCUCUGCUUUUUCAGGAGGACCAGUGAAAUACAGGACCUUUCUAUGAAUUAGGAAGCUUGCAGGAGAAGUGGCCAUCAUGGGGUACAGUAUAGAGUUUUUGAAAUGCCACUCUUAGAAGAGACAGAGAGAGAAAAUGUGACCAGGGGCAGGAGGAACAGAGGCAGGAGGGAGCUGGACUGGGAAGAUGAGGAAAGGAGAAAGUACACGGGACCCACCUUUGUCCUCAGAAUCUCCUCCUCUGAGCAAAUGGGCACUUCCUCUAAUUCAUCCCCACCCAAGACUCAGAGACUAAGAAAAGGUAUGGAGACAAAACCCCCAGGAGCAAGAACUUGAAGUCACUCUGAAGUUGCGGGCAUUCUGUCUGGCUGAUGGUGAGAGAGAGCGGUGCUCUGGCUCCAGCUGUCCAGCCUCGUGGUGCAGAGUCCAGAGGGAUUUCAUUCAGGUCUCAGCCUUCAACGCCGGCAGAGGCCUAGCUGUGGCCACCAACACAUGCUCUCCCAAGCAUGGCGUGGCCACAACCAGCACAGGUUUUCUUUAACGUUAGUAGUGUCCUUAUUUAUGUCUGAUGUCUGACCCCCUUGCAAGUUAUUUUUGUUGUUAUUAUUAUUCGUCCUUGAGUGUUCAUGUGAAAAAUAACAAAUAAAGUAUCUUCGGUA